AGGCUUAGAACCGGAGCGAAAACUAAGAAGAAGGUUUGCUAUACAAAAAUACACAGUGACUCACACGCACACACAUGACCUAACCUCCUCUUCUCUUCUUCAUCAUCAUACUCCAAUUGAAAGUCUCCGAGCCAAACUCAUUUUCGAAGUCUCUCUUCUCUGCCUCCGUCUAGGGUUUAUUUUUUCUCUCUUUGAAUUAUUUGCUUUAUCGGCACGUGUGAUAUAUGAUGAUAUGGCAACGGCACCAAUGAAGUCACACCCGCUGCACAACUUCUCUUUGCCGUUUCUUAAAUGGGGGGCCACCACGACCGCCACCACUCACCACCACAACAGAGGUCGAAUGCCAUCUCCCGCCGACGCCUCAGAACCGGACAACGACGCCGACGCCGACAACCAGAACGAUUCUGUACGUCCUCAUCGCGUUGGAUCGCGCUCCUCCCGCGUGCAACGAUUAUCGUUCUCCUCGUCGACGAAAGCUCAGAAGGAUGAGAGUGAGAGGUUGCUGAAGCAAGCGAUGGGUACGGAGGUUGAGAAGAACGAAACUGAAGAAGACGAAGAAGAACACGAGAACGAAGUUGAAGAUGUAGUGGUUGGGAAGCCGUGGAAUUUGAGGCCGAGGAAGGGAGUUCAAGAAGCGUUGGUGAAUGCGGGGGUUAUGGAGAGUCAUAAUCCGAGUAGGAAUAAUGUAAAUUCGAAGCCAAAGUCGAUGAGAUUGAGAGAGAUGGUGGAAUCAAGAGGUUGUCAUGGUGAGAAGAAGGAGAAGAUCAAGUUUUGGCUGACUUUGUCAAGAGAAGAGAUUGAAGAGGAUAUUUUUGUCAUGACGGGCUCAAGACCGGCCCGUCGGCCCAGGAAGCGUCCCAAAAAUAUUCAGAAACAAGUAGAUAAUGUUUUCCCUGGACUGUGGUUGGUGGGACUUACCGUUGAUGCUUAUCGAGUCACUGAUGCUCCAAUGAAGAAGUAAAAUCUAUAAUAAAUACUUGUUCGGCUCAUCUUUGCAAAGCAGUCGAUGUAUUUACAACUUACAACGAAUUUGGGAAUUUCAAAGCUUGUAUGGGAGGUUGGGAAGAUUGCACCUACAAUAUUGAGACCUCAAUUUGAGGUAUAAUGAAAAUUUGUAAAAAGGAAGGGAAGUUAUUUUCUGAAGAAAAACAAACAAUAAAAGAGAGAAUAGGAAAAAGGGAAAGUUCAUUCCUGUAGGGUGCAGGAGUAGCAUUUAGUUUAUUUACUUGUAGCUUUAUGAUGUAAACGGUUGACUAUGGAUGAGUAGAGAGAACUUAAGUGUUUUUAAUUUUA